AUGUUCAUAUUUGCCGUUUGUAAUCGAUCGUUAAAAGCUAGUUCAAAGCUUUUUGGUGCGUUGGGUCGUUGUGAAGGUCAACUGAGUCGAUUGGCUCAGUUACAGCAUGCACGAUGCUUGGCUGUGCCUGGUGGCAAGACAGCAUUCAAACGUGAUAAACCACAUUUGAAUGUUGGCACUAUUGGUCACGUUGAUCAUGGAAAAACGACUCUUACCUCAGCAAUCACCAAAGUGCUUGCUUCGAAAAAAGGAGCCAAGUUUCGAAAAUACGAAGAAAUUGAUAACGCACCAGAGGAAAAAGCGCGAGGUAUUACCAUAAAUGCUUUUCACUUGGAAUACGAAACCGAAAAACGUCAUUAUGCACAUAUCGAUUGUCCUGGUCAUGCGGACUAUAUUAAGAACAUGAUCACGGGAACAGCACAGAUGGAAGGAGCCAUUCUUGUGGUUGCAGCCACUGAUGGGGCUAUGCCACAGACACGUGAACAUCUUUUACUGGCUCGUCAAGUUGGUAUACCGUUGAAAAAUGUGGCUGUAUAUAUGAAUAAGGUGGAUGAGGUGCCUGAUAAAGAGACGCAAGAGUUGGUGGAGAUGGAAAUCCGUGAACUUUUACAUGAAUUCGGAUAUGCAGGAAAUGAUUUACCGGUUAUCUUCGGCUCUGCAUUAUGUGCACUCGAGGGAAAGAAUCCAGAAAUCGGUGAAAAAUCAGUGCUUCAACUGUUGGAUGUAUUGGAUAAUGUCUUCGAAAUUCCGCAGCGAAAUACAAACACUGAACCGAUGUUCGCCGUGGAGCAUAUCUAUACUAUUCAAGGUCGUGGAACUGUAGUGACUGGGAAGCUGGAACGAGGAACACUGAAACGUAACGAGAAAAUCGAGUUAGUUGGAUGUGAUAGGGAAAAAGUGUCGAGUGUAAUUUCAGGUCUUGAAUCGUUCAAGAAGACGGUCGAUGUAGCUGAACCAGGUGAUCAGUUGGGUAUCUUACUGAGAGGAGUCGAUUCAAAAGCCGUCAGACGUGGUUGUGUGCUAUUGCCACAAGGACAUAAGCACAUUCCCACCGACAAAGUGGAAGCUCAGAUGUUUAUUGAACCACAACAGCGGUUCACGGUACGCAAAGGAAACACAACGAUUGGCACCGGUGUAUUCACUGCGUUACAGAAACCAAGGAGCGAUCAAGAAAAAGAUCCGAAGUUCAAGAAGAAAUUGAUGAAGGCUGAAAUGGAAAGAUUGGGUUUCAAUCCAUACGGUGAGUUGUAUGAGAAACGUCUCAAGCCAGAUUAUUCAAGCAGUCCAAAGAAUAAUCCGGUAGCGAAGAGUUUCGAAAAAUCCGGUUCGAACAACUAA